AUGGCAUAUAACCAAAGAAACAAGGAGGACGCCCACACGAGCAAUGCAGAAGACAACAGCAGCAGUAAACAGGCCUCAUUCGCGAGAAACUACUUUCUUUCGAAGUUGAAGCUGAAGUUCAGGAGCAUCUUCGAGGGAAACAGAAGAUUCCAUCUCACCGAGAGCAUGCAGCAACACGACCAAAUAAACUAA